AUGAGCAGCACACAACUGAGUCUAUUUUCCUGGUUUUCGUCUUUGCAAAUGCCAUGGUCCAAAGACGACACUAGCAGCAGUAAGGAUGGAAAGGAAGAAGAAGUCUGGGGAAGUGGAAACAAGAACAGCAUGGACAAGAACAAAGACGAUAAUAAAUCUGGGUUGGGUGGUGUCGCCGGUAUCAUGGAUAGCAUGGAGAAUUUCAAGACAGCCCAGCAAGUCGGCAAAAUGACCAAUUCUCUAGUACAGGAUUUGGCAUCAACUACAAUUGAAGGUGUGGCUGUGGAAGGAAAAGUCAAGGUGUAUGUGGACGGACAACAACGACCCUUGAAUGUUCAGAUCGAUGAGGGGUAUCUGGCCGGCGUAGAUUCCUCGGAUCUAUCAGCUGCCUUGGCCGUUGCCAUGAAAGAUGCGUACCGAAAGUCUUCGGAACGAAUGGACGAUAAAAUGAAGUCGUUCUACGUAGACUUGGGCUUAAAAUAG